AAACCAAAGAACCAAACUGGGGAAGGUCACAAGUUCCCUUAAAAACCCUAAUCACCGCAAAACCCUAAUUCCCAGAUCCGAUCCCUUUUUUUUCAAUUCUUGGUUUUCGGGGUGAAUGCUGGAUAAAUUCAUCUGUUUGUGCUAAUUAUCUCCUCCUUCCUUGCCUUUUUAGGGUUUAUCUUCUGCAAAUCCUUUGUCGUUAUGUUCGAGUUUUCCAUUUUGCUUGUUUUCAGGUUAAUUUUGUUGCGGUGAAAGAGAAAGUGGAUCGUCUCUUUGAUCUUGAGGUGGGAUGAAUAGUGCUUUCAAUGAGCAAGUACUCGCGGACAAGCUCGCCAAGCUCAAUAGUACACAACAGUGCAUUGAGACUUUAUCUCAUUGGUGCAUAUUCCACCGAAAGAAGGCAGAACAGGUAGUUCAGACAUGGGAUAAGGCAUUUCAUAGUUCACAGAAGGAACAAAAGAUCCCGCUGCUGUAUGUUGCCAAUGACAUCUUACAGAACAGCAAACGCAAUGGAACUGAAUUUGUUGGGGAGUUUUGGAAAGUUCUCCCUGGAGCACUUAAGGAUGUCAUGGAAAAUGGGGAUGAUCGUGGGAAAAACGUGGUCUCGAGAUUGGUUGGUAUUUGGGAGGAAAGAAAAGUAUUUGGAUCAUAUGCAAAGGGUCUUAAAGAUUUGAUGCUCGGAAAUGAGCCACCACCGGCUUUAGAAUUGAAUAAGAAACGAUCACGUUCUGUAAGAAUAAUGAAACGAGAUUCACGGUCCAUUAAACUAAAAUUGUCUGUUGGAGGAAUGGCAGAAAAGAUUAUAUCAGCAUUGCACUCAGUACAAAGUGAGCACUCAGCUGAAGAUUCCGACUUGAGUAAAUGCAAGGAGGCGGUUCGUCGGGUGGGAAAGAUGGAGAAGGAUGUCACCGCUGCCUGCAUGCAGGACGGAGACCCUCGCAGGGUGAGGUUGACGGAGGAAUUGCAAGAGGAGGAGGCAACCUUAAAAACAUGCAUUGAGAAGCUUAAAUCAUUUGAAUCAAAUAGAGUGGCCCUUAUUUCUCAAUUGAGAGCAGCGCUGCAGGAACAGGAAUCCGAACUGGAGAUCGUCCGCACUCAAUUACAGGUGGCUCAGGCACAGGUAGAUGAAGCAGCGAACAUGAGACGGCGGCUCAACAAUGAACCAAUUGUGGAAACAAAUUCCAGGGGAUCAUCAGCCACUGAGAUUUCAAAAAAGACAGCGGCUGCUAUUGCAGCCGAAGUUGCAGACAAGCUUGCAGCUUCAAGCCGGUCCCAGCAGAUAAUGACAUCAGUGCUUUCCACCUUCGCUGCGGAGGAGGCGAAGAACACGGCCAUUGCAUCCAGUUCCUUAUCUGAAGUUACACAUGACAGGGUCAAUGUGAACCUUGAGAAGCCUCUGCCCUCUUCAGCCGCCGCCCCGGCAUUUGUUUCCGUCCCACUUCAACAUCAAACUGUUUUAGUCCAACAAGGGCCUAUCCAGAACCAAGCUUCGACUCCCCAGCCUCCGUAUAACCUCUACCCAGCUUCAACACAGCAGUAUCUGCAACCGACCGGAGGUGUCAUGAUCGGUGUUCCGUAUACCUACAGCAACCUACCUCCCCCACCUCCACCACCCCAGAUGUUGAACAUGGCAAGACCGGGGCCAAUGCCUCCACAGCAGCCCAUGGCUAUGAUACAGCAACCACCGGCAAUGCCACCCACGAUGGCUCUUCAGCAACCUGCAAUGCCGCCGAUGAAUCAACAGCUUGCUCUCCAGCAACCUGCACCACCAAGUUACAGACCUCUCCAACCUCCUGGCAUGCAAUUUUUCCACCACCAAUCACAGUGACUUCUCUGUAUCAUUGUUACAAUGCUAUACAAUUUCAAAACAAUGUUCGGAAUUGAGCUGAAUGAAAAAAGUUAUAUAAUUCUGACAGGUUUCUUGGCUUAAGAUUU